AGAAAUUCCAAACGUAUUAAACGUUUAAGACUUUAACAUUCAUCCAUCAUCUGAUCUUAAAAAGGAAUAGCCAAGGAAAUGCUGCUGAAAUUCGAAAUAUUAACAUUCUAUAUUUUGGCCUCUUUUUAUUUAGCCAAAUCAAAUACCUUAGAUACUAUUUCUACGGCUACAUCGUUAUUUUCAUCAAAAAGUAUUAAAUGCAUUACAUGCAGCAGCCUAUGGGAUGACGAUUGUAAAAAUGAUACAAAGGUCAAGCACAGAUCUGAUUUUCAGGGAGAAUGUAGAUCAGAUGCUACAGGUUGUGUUAAGCAGUUUGUCGAAACUACUGGGGGAAGAAAUGCCACAUUUCGUGAAUGUUAUUAUGGUAGUAUAUUUCCCGGUGUCACGACUUUUGGAUGUGAAAAGAUCGACAGAAGUGUACAUUACACUAAUGUGAAGUGCUAUAAAUGCAGGGGUGAUUUGUGCAAUAGCAGUAAUCGUCUAAAGCAUUCAUCAUACGACAUUAUGUUAUUUAUAUUAACAGUUAUGUUAAUUUCUUUUAUGUUAAAACUGUAACUUAAGGAAUUUUCUGUUUGUUCAAAUAAUAAUAUUGAUAAUUCUAGAGUCUCAAAUAUAAUUAAAAACAAGUAAUAUGUAUGUAUGUA